GUGAACACAAUGCAGAGAAACAAAACUGAAAUCACAGAGUUUAUCCUUCUGGGAUUUGGAGAACUCCAUCAUUUGCAGAUCUUCUUGUUCCUGGUGUUUUUCGUGAUCUAUAUUUUGACUAUGGCUGCCAAUCUCCUCACCAUCAUUCUGAUUCUGAGUGAUGAGCACCUACACACUCCGAUGUACUUUUUCCUGGGGAAUUUAUCUUGCUUGGAAAUGAUGUACAGUUCGACUAUCCUUCCUAGGAUGCUUGCUGCUCUCAUGACAGGGGACCAAUCCAUCUCUGUAAAAGGGUGCAUCACACAAUUUUACUUUGGCUCUUUCCUGGUUUGUACAGAAUGUUACCUCCUGUCUGCAAUGUCUUAUGACAGGUUCUUAGCCAUAUGCAGACCUCUACAUUAUACCACUCUUAUGAAUGUCAAGGUCUGCAUGCGGUUAGCAGGGGGCUCUUGGAUCAACAGCAUUGCAGUCAUCUCUGUCUAUCUGGGCUUGAUGUUACAGCUGCGGUACUGUGGGCACAAUGAAAUUGAUCAUUUUUUCUGUGAGGCUCUGCCACUGGUAAAGCUGUCCUGCAGUGAUACAUUUCUGGUGAAACUGGUCACAUUUGCUGUGGCUUUUGUAAUCUCUUUCCCCCCUUUUGUUUCAACCUUGGUCUCAUACAUAUACAUUAUUCUUGCCAUCUUGAGAAUUCCAUCCACUACAGGGAGACAAAAAGCCUUUUCCACCUGCUCUUCUCAUCUGAUAGUUGUCUCCAUUUUCUAUGGGGCCAUCAUUAUUGUAUAUCUGAUCCCAAAAACAGAAACAGUGAGAGAUUUCAAUAAAAUCUUUUCGCUCCUGUACACAGUUUUUCCCCCAUUACUCAACCCACUUAUCUAUAGCUUGAGAAACAAGGAUGUGAAAGAUGCCCUGAAGAAGGCUGCUGGUAAAGUUUUGGAAGGUCAAUUUGAGAGCCAGAUAUCCAAAGCUUGA